AUGGGACUUGCCGCUUAUGGACAAGGUGAAAUUCUGAAAGAAACUUUUUCCCAACUGACACAGAUAACAGAUGAUGGUUUUAUUCUGAAGAAAAAUAUUCUAUGCUUUCGAAUUCCUGAGUUUACACAAUUAGAGGCAUUAUUUGGCAAAAGAAGAGAAAAGGACGAUCCGAUAAAUGAGCAUCACCAAAACAUUGCUGCCGCUCUACAAGCGUUCACCAAUGAAGCAGUGCUGUCCUUAGUUAAACGUCUUUAUCAUCUUCACCCAUCAGACAAUUUGUGCUUAGCUGGAGGUGUAGCACUCAACUGUGUAACUAACUGGUUGGUUAAAGAAAUCGGAGAAUUCCAAACUAUCUUUAUUCCUCCAGCGCCCCACGAUGGAGGAACCGCAAUAGGUGCCGCUUUGUAUGUUUAUCAUACCAGAGCCAAUAUAAAACUAUCUCCUGCGUUGCAAUUGAAUCCUUAUACUGGGCCAGAGUUUUCAACAGAACAAAUACGUUGUGCGAUAGAGAAAUCUGGUUUCAAUGGAAGAAUUUCCGAGGAUAGUGCUGUAGAAGCAGCUGAUAUGAUAGCAAAUGGCAAAAUAGUUGGUUGGUUUCAGAACCGCAUGGAGUUUGGUCCUCGAGCCCUUGGUAAUCGUUCUCUGUUAGCCGAUCCGCGUCAUAUUGCUACUAGAGACUUGCUAAAUCGGAAGGUGAAACACCGAGAAGAUUUUCGUCCUUUUGCCCCGAGUGUUUUAGCAGAAAGGGCAAAUGAAUGGUUUGAAAUUGGCCGUCCUUCUGAAAGUCUGAAGUAUAUGCUAUUUAGUUGUCCAGUGAGACCUGAUAAAGCAGAAAAAAUUCCAGCGGUACUUCAUAUUGAUGGAACGGCAAGACUGCAGUUAGUAGACAGAGAGCUUAAUAUUAGUUAUUACCGAUUGAUUGAGCGAUUUGAACAGCUUACGGGGAUCCCCCUUGUUCUUAAUACUUCCUUCAACGAUAGCGAACCUAUAGUCUGUUCGCCUGCAGAUGCUCUUUUUACAUUCAAACACACACUGAUUGAUGCGGUGAUACUACAAAAUUUUGUCAUAGAACGUGGAAAUUAA